AUGCUCUCUCUGCAACUUGUGUUUCUAGCUGUUGUUUCAGGAGGUGUCUACGUAGAAGGCUUCUGCAGAGGCCAUCUGCUUGCCUCUUUUAUCACUAAGCUACCUGACCUUCUACCUGUAGCAGUCCAGGAAAACGUCUUCCAUGUGAUCCAGAUCUCAUCCUUUGCCAACAAUUCCUGGGCACAGAAUCUGGGCUCAGGUUGGCUGAAUGAGCUGCAGACUCAUGGCUGGGAGAGUAAAGCAGGAACGAUCCUUUACCUGUACACUUGGUCCAAGGGCCACUUCAGUGAUCAGGAGAUGAUGAACUUGGAACUGCUAUUCCGUUUCUACUUGUCUGGACUAACUCAGGACAUUAAAGCGUACACAAGCCAAUUUCAGUUCACAUAUCCUUUUAUAUUACAGGUGACAGCUGGCUGUGAGUUGGAUUCUAGGGACACCAGAAAAAGCUUCUUUCGGGCAGCUUAUCAAGGGUCAGAUUUACUAAGUUUGCAAAACAUGUCAUGGGUCCCAGCUCCAGAAGGUGGGAGUAGGGCCCAGAAAAUAUGCGGUAUAAUCAAUCACCAUGAGGGCAUCAAAGAAACAGUGGACAAACUCUUUAGGGACAUCUGCCCCCGAUUUGUUUUGGGUCUCCUUGAUGCCGGAAAGCUGUAUCUCCAGAGACAAGUGAGGCCAGUGGCCUGGCUGUCCAGUGGCCACACCCCUGGAUCUGUCCAACAGCUGCUGAUCUGUCAUGUCUCUGGCUUCUACCCAAAGCCUAUUUGGGUGAAGUGGAUGCGGGGAGAUGAGGAGUUGCCAGACACUCAGCGAGACGGUGACCUGCCCCAUGCUGAUGGGACGUGGUAUCUUCGGGUGACCCUGAAUGUGGAGGCUAAGGAGGCAGUAGGCCUGUCUUGCCAUGUGAGGCACAGCAGUCUGGGAGGCCAGAAGAUCAUCCUCUAUUGGGGACAUCACCCUUCCAUGAACUUGACCCCGUUGCUAGUGAUCAUACUUUUAAUACUUCUAGUAGUCCUUGCAUUAUGGUUUAAGAAGCGCCGCUCAUAUCAAAUUAUAUCCUGAGAUUCCCACCAUGCCUCUUCUUUGUCGUGAGAACCCAAUAGCCCAGGAGUCCAGGAGCCCAGGACCACAGUGAUGCCAUCCUUUAUACUCUCCAUGUAUAAUCAUCUGUUAAUACAAACUUGUUUCUGUGACUACAGAACACCUUCCUUGUAAUCUCCAUUCAUUCAAUAGUACUCCACCUUCAAAGCCCAUUUCUGACAUCACCUGCUUCUUUCCUGACUUGUGAGUGGGAAGCAAUCUCUCCCUUAUCAACUUAAUUUCUUUAACCACACUCUACUACAUGUACAUGUGGCCUCUCACCUCAUGCAGUUACUUAGAUCUUUCUUCCCAUUCCAAUAUUUAAGUUUCUUAAGGACAAUGAUCAUGACAAAGGUGCCUUUCCUGCAUGUCAUAUGUGCUCAGGGAAAAUCAGAUCAAAGGCAACAAAGCAUCUCCAUGUUGGAAUAACUCUCACGUUGACAGUCUUUCUCAUAUCCGUUCCUGACGUCUUGCAGCAUUUGAAAUAGUGAUGAGUCUCUUUCUUGUUUAAAUGGCUUUUACUUGGGCAAGCAAUUCCACAUUCCUUGAGCUACCUCAUUUCCUCUCUAAAUUCUUAAAGAAAAAUGCAGUGUUGCUCCUUGAAACACUCAUUUCCUGAACUCAGUGAGUCAAAUCUGUCCAAUUUAUUUCAAACACAAAGAGACAGUGUGCAGGCCACAUGGGAAAGGUAGUGAGGCAGAUACGUCACUGAGUGGCUAAGAGAGAGGAGCAAGAGACUGGUCCUCAGGGUUGGGGAGAUCAAGGCAGGGGAUAUAAAUAGCAGACAAGUUCCCCAAAGGGUGGUGAUGUCCAUGAUACCCUUACCUACACCUUGAUUCCUUUGUGUUCAUUCAACAAGUCAACUAAUGUUUCAUAAUUAUUGCAAUAGUUCUGAUAUCUGACAUCUGUCUCAUAAUUAUUGCAAUAGUUAUUGCAAUAAUUACGAGACAGGCAUUACGAGACAGGCACAUACAACUUGUAAACCGGCAGGGGGGAAACAAUCAAGAUUGUAACCACCUGCCUGAAAUUGCUGUAUAUCUCUUCAGCUGGUCCGUGUCCUUUCUACUGGCUAGAUUAUUUAGUUUCUCAAAAUAAUUUUUCAAUCACUUUAUUGAUAUGUAAAAUCAAAUCAAAUCUUGUAUUUUGUGUACUGUUCCAUUUGUUUUAACAAUUGUGUACACCCCUGUCCAUUACAAAUGUAAGCACAACCACGACUAGAUGGAAACAUUUUUAUUAUCCCAAUAGACUGCCAAUUGAACAUCAUUACGCCUACUGACACGCCUUGUGCUAAUUAAACUAGGUUUGUUUUCUUUCUGAUUUUACUAAAAUGGAACAGACUGGGGC